CUACCGGCGGCUCAGGCCAGGCCAGGCUUUCCGCCCCAAGGCUGGAAAUCCCCGCUGGAAAGUCCGGCGUGUUUUCCCUCCUCUAGCUGGUUUCUCUCUUGGUUCGCCAAAAAGAACGGAGGGAAAACAGGAGGUGCUUCAGACGAUCCGCCUGCACCGCGACUGAGAGGCAGCAAGCAGUCGGUCUGGCAUCUCUUGGCACAGGCGAGACUGCCAGCAGGAAAUCCAGUGCAAGCCAGAGGAGCGUCGCUCGACCGGUAAAUGUCACUAUUGCAAACGGCGAGGAUUGCAAGCGGUUUCUGACGGAGGGUGGGGGAGGUUUGCAUGCGCUUUGUUGCUUGCCUUGCCUUGCCUUGCCCGGGGUUUGUCAGUGAGCUGGCUGUGUGCCUGAGUGGAAGCGCAGCAGCCCCACUCUCCCUCUACCCCACUCACUCACUCACUCAUUCACUCACUCAUUCGCAGAACAUGGCAACCGAGGGCAACCUGCUGCCUCAGUUUCUCUCCGCCAGCAACUUGACCAAGGACGUGAGGCUAAGGGAGAAGAUCCAGACCGACCUGCUCAAGCCGACCUUGGCCAAUGGAUUGAUGCACCAUUUCAAGGGGCUGCACAAGUACACGGUGGAGCUGUUUCGCCAGAGUCACUUCAGCCCUCAGUUCAGGACUAUAAUCCAAGAGGCUCUACUCGACAGGGCCCAACAGAACGCCCUUCAGGGCAACUGGAGCCUCAACUGGUGCAGAGAGGUCAAGAGACUUGUACCCUUGAAAACAAACGGUGACGGGAACUGCCUGCUGCAUGCUGCAUCACAGUUCAUGUGGGGCAUUCAGGACAUUGACCUCACCCUUCGGAAGACACUCUGGGACGCUCUGAUGGAAACAGACACGAGAAACUUCAAAUAUCGCUGGGAAAUUGAAUCUGUCCGUUCGCAAGAUUUUGACGCUACAGGACUUCGUUAUGACACCAAAAACUGGGAUGAAGAAUGGCAGAAAGUAGUAAAAAUGUCAGCUGUGACUUCACAUUCAGACCAUCAUGGACUGUCGUAUGAAUCACUGGAAGAAAUCCAUAUAUUUGUACUGGCCAAUAUUCUUAGAAGACCAAUCAUUGUGAUUGCAGAUAGAGUGUUGAGAAGCUUUGACAAUAACACAAGCUUGGCUCCAUUGCACUUUGGAGGAAUUUACUUGCCAUUGCACUGGCCGGCCCACGAGUGCUACAAAUAUCCUAUCGUAUUGGGCUAUGACAUGCAACAUUUUUCUCCACUUGUUGCUAUCAAAGACAGGAAUCUAGAAAUCUCUGCAGUUCCAUUGGUCCACAACGGAAGUAGAAGAUUUGAAGAUUUUGCAAUCCACUUCCUGUUACCAAAAGAAGAUGAAAAUAAAAAUAAGCUGUUAGAAGAAUACUUAAAUCUGGUUGAAAUACCUGUGCCAGGCCUGGAGUUUGGUACUAUCCACCUAAUUAAAGCUGCUAAGUUGGAUGAAGGCAACCUCCCUGAGGACUUGAAUUUGGUGGAGGAUUACUAUCAGCUGGUGAAUCAUGAGUAUAAGAGGUGGCAGAAGAAUGUAAACAGGCCCUUUCACAACCGGGUACAAAUAAAAGGUACCAUAUUUCAAGGGUCUCUCACUGAAGAAAAGUGUGCCACGUUCGGAUGUCUUUUUUAUUGUUCUAUAGAGACAAAGCCAUUUUGCCACGAAUGCUUUGAGCAGGCAAAGGUCGUAAAGACUGAAACCAAACCAAAAGCUCAUGGACAACAGACAAAGAAGGGGUGCUCUCCUCCUCGGACUAAGCUGGUUAUUGCUGCAGUGUCUCCAGACCCAGAGCAGUCAUCCCGGCCUCGCUCCGCACCCCCAACAGCCCCCAGUCUUGCUCUCUUCAGUGAAACGAAUGCUAUGAAAUGCAAGGUUCCCAAUUGCCCCUUCACGCUAAACGUGGAGCACAAUGGAUUAUGUGAACGCUGCUUUCAAUCGAGGACUGUGGUGCCAAACAAUGCUUCUGAUAAUAGAACCUCUGAGUUGAGAAAACCUUAUCGCACAGAGAUCAGCUCUGCGAGGUUGGACUCACCACAGGAGAACACCAGGACUAAACCAGGUGCAGGUAACCCAUUGCAUCAAGAGUGUACUCGGUGUAGUCGUUGUCAUCAGGACACCAGGAAUACGAUUAAUGGAUUGUGUAAUGUGUGCUUGUUAAAGACAUUUCAAGGAAUUGUUUCAUCCUCACGUGAAGGCUCUGGCUCUCAAUGUUCAGGGCAUGAGAGAUCGCACUCCGACCCGAGCCAGAUUGCAAGGAAUGUGGCUCGCCCAUCACCCAGCGAUCAACACCCUUUAGAUCCUGUCUGGGGUUCUGCCACUGAACCACAACUACCUGACACCACGCAACAACACCGUAUCCCUGAGCAACCAAAUGGAGACUUCCAACUGUGCAAAACCUCUGAAUGCCACUAUUUUGGAACAAAAGAAAAUCAAGGCUACUGCACCAUCUGCUACAUUGGGUAUAGAGGAAGCCUAGAAGAUAGCUCUUCAGCUGGUCAGAACCGCCGGAACGCACAGUCCUCUCACCGCCCACCUCAGAGUGAUGUAAGAUUCCAGAACAUGCCUCGAUGUCAGGGACAAGACUGCAGCACAUUUGGAAACAGUCACUUUGAAGGAUAUUGUCAAAAAUGUUUCAUAGAAACACAGUAUCAAAGAUACAGGGAAGCCACCGGAUCCAAAAGCCAAUCUAGUGCAAAUGCGGCGGCCUAUCUUCAGCCUACUGAUCACAGCGAGUCGAAUAAUCGGAGGAAUAAGUGCGCAAGAAACUCCUGCAAUAACCAUGUAACAUCCAAUGACCAUGAAUUUUGCCCAGAGUGUCGACAAGAUGGUCAUGGCAAUGCCCGUGAUCCAACCUCAAAUCAACCAAAGCAGCACUGUUGUGCCACAGGCUGUGAACAUUUUGGGAAUAAUAAGUGCAACGGAUAUUGUAAUGAAUGCUAUGCUUUCGUUUCCAGUUACCGGAGAAAGUAAAUCAAAGUGCAAAUAGCAGAGACAAAGGGCAAGAGGACUCACUAUUUUUGGAGCCCUUCAUGGAGAGUAAAGUACAGAAUGAAAGUCUUUCUUAACACCUAAUAAAAUUGUUCGAUUUGACAUAUUUAUUAUAUUCAUGAUUUCUGUUUGAGAAACCAUAAAAUUAAUUUUCAUUCCUCUAUACUUUAUACUAAAUAGAAUUAAUUCUGAUUAUAACUCUAAUAAUGUUUGCACAUGGAAAACAACUUUCUAAUAAAUUAUUUAUGAAAUUCAGAAA